CUCGAGGGUGUGAUACUCCACCUAAAGCUUACUUAUAUUCUAAAUAAAUAAUAAGAUACCCAGAGCAUUAGCUGCCUUAGCGCAAUUGGCCCGAGGCCCAGUCCCAGUUCCGGCCCCCCACUCAUACCCAAAUUAGAACUCAAAUUUCAAAGCCCAAGAUCCAUUAUAGCAUUAUCUGAAUUUCUGAAAGAAACCCUAGAUUUAGUGAGAGAUCUCGUUCACGGCGUUCUCACCUUCACUGAAAUUGCCAUUUGCCAGGUCUAUUUUCGAUCCUUCUCGAAACACUUACCUUGAAGAAUGUAAAGAACAAUACUGGGGGAGGCAUUAGGUCAUUUAGAGUAUCUGGAAGAGACGGUUACGACACAGACCAGCUCUUUGUGCAAGGAGUGACAUAAUCAGCGAGAAAGUCUCUGGUAGGGCUACUUAAAUGGGUGCGGGACUAGAAGGAAAGGAUGUUGUGGUGGGGGAGUUGGAGAAGAAGAGCAGAAAGGCCGAGAAAAAUAAGGUUGGGGUUUUGGAAGUUAUGAGUAACUGCCAUGGUGAGAAGAAGAAAAGGAGGAAGAAAAAGAUUGAGCGUGCAAGGAUGGAUGAUAGUAAUGAGAAGGAGAUGAGACAUAGGAAGAAGAGAAAAUUGGACCUUACAAAGGAUGAAACAGAGAAUGAGAAGUCUAAGAAGGAUAAGAGAAGUAAAGUUGACAAGGAUUGCUACUAUGGUGAUGGAGGAGACCUUAAAGUUAAUGAGAGUUUAAAUGAAAAGGUUUGCGCCUUAGGAGAUGAGAAUGAGAGGCUGCAAACAAGUUUUAAGAAGGAUAUGGAGGAUAACCAUGCAAUGGAAGCAAGAAAAGUUAAGAAAAAUAAGCAUAAGGAGAGUAGGUGCAGGUACGGAUUUGACAGGGUUUCCACUUCAAAAGAAUUUACCAGAAGUAAUGAAGUUGGAGAUGAUAAAGGGUUGAAAAUCACAAAGAGAAAAGGAAUUGCUGAGCUGAACAAUUUAGAAGAGGAAUGUAUGAAGAAGCACAAAAAGAAAAAGCACAAGGAAGGGAAGAGAGACAAAGAGUUCAUCAAUGUCUCAAAAGGGAAGAGCAUUGCAAAAGAAAGAGAGUCUAGAAAAGCGAAGGAUCAUCGCACCAAUGAUCUGGGAAUUGAAUUGGAAGGAAACAUGGCUAAGAAAUUGGGAAAUGGGAUCACUAGAACUGAAGAUGAAGAUUUUGACAGCAAUGAUGUGAAUGCACAUUCAUUUAGAAAUAAAACUGGUGAAGGAGCAGGAGUGGUGUUUCCUAUUGCAAAGGAAGAUGGCUGCAAAAACAAGGCGAAGAAGGUCAAGUCUGUUCAAAAUGGGUUUGCAGGAGUGCUAAGUGCUGAAAUAAGCGAUGAGACUACAGAACAUCGUGAAAAUUCUAAAUCUAAAAGAAAAGAUAAGCGAGUAAGUUUUUCAGGUAAUGUGGAGGUUUUUCCUUUGUCAGAUGAUCAGGAAGAGGGCUUGUUACAGGGUAAGCGGUUCUCCAAAGAAGAAGAUGAAAUAGUUAAAAAGGCUGUUUUGAAGUAUGUAGAGGAACAUGACUUGGGUGAAGAAGGUAUAAACAUGGUUAUGCACUGUCGUUCUCAUCCUAAACUCAGAUCAUGUUGGAAGGAAAUAGCAGCUUCCUUACCUUGGAGACCUUGGGUGAGCAUCUACUACAGAGCCCAUAUUUUGUUUGAAAGGGAUGAGAGUCGUGUUUGGACUGAUGAAGAAAUUGAAAUGAUCAAAAAGCACCAUGAACAACAUGGAUCAAAUUGGAAAAUGUUGGCUGAGGCUCUUGGCAAACACCGAUUCCAUGUGAAGGAUCAAUGGCGUAGAAUCAAAUUGCCCAAUGUGAAGAAAGGUCACUGGUCCCAAGAGGAGUACCAGUUAUUAUUUGAUUAUGUGAAUAUGGAUUUGCGGAUGAAGGCUUUUGAGUUAAAGAAAUCUAAGCAUGGGAUGCUGCGAGAUAAUAUCUGUUGGGGAGCAAUAAGUGACAAGUUGGGCACUCGAUCCAAUGCCACUUGCUGCACCAAAUGGUAUGGACAAUUAUCUUCACCAAUGGUAGCUGAAGGAAAAUGGACUGAUGCUGAUGACUAUCAUCUGCUGAAUGCACUUGUGAUGUUGGAUGCUUGUUGCGUUGAGGAUGUGGACUGGGAUAGCAUUCUUGAGCAUAGGCCUGGAGAUGUAUGUCGAAAACGUUGGAGCCAAAUGGUCAAUCACCUAGGUGAGCAUAGGAACAAGUCAUUUGCUGAACAAGUAGAAGUUCUCUCAAACCGAUAUUGCCCAGAAUUACUUGAAGUGAGGGAGGCGUAUGAUAGCAGGCCUACUAUUCCUUGAUGCAAAUAUCCUAUUUUGUAAUUUAAAUGCCUGAUAUGUAAUCUCUUGAAAGAGAACUGGUGUUUUGAUAUAUGGAUCUAAGCUAUUGUUCAUUAUGUACUCAAUUAUGGAAAAUUUCGUGCUGCUGCUUGAAGG